GGCAAAUUGUUAUUUACUAAAUGCUUCCGCGAGACAAGCACAUGAAUGAUACUGACCCCAGCCUCUGGUGGAGAAGCAACUGAACAGGUUGUUUGGUGGGUCGUCGAAAGCUUUAAGAAACCAGCGAGGAAGUGAAGUCCAAGAAACAUUCAGCAAACUUCCCAAACAUCCGCCAACACCAUUUCGGUCUGCCCAAACGGCCAUUUGUACUGUUGUCGCUUUUCUGGGCCCGGUAAAGUGAGUUAAUCUCGAGAAUUCGUCCAGUGCAAACGCUUUUCUUUUUGAACAGAAAUGCGGGUUUACGAGUACGGCAUCACCGUCUUCCAGUUACUGUCUCCAGCUCAAUGGGUACAGACAUUCUUCAUCCUAGCAGCAGCCGCAGUCCUCGCCCUCACAGUCCUACCCUCGCGAACCCGCAGACUCCUUCUUGACUACGGCGCCCGCGGCGGCUCAAGACCAAGUGCAGCUGCGGCUGGGGACUGGUUAGAGGCCAUCACCGCCACCGUCACGUCGUGGGGCCAGAUACCGCAUUCGUGGUUCGCUGCUUUUUAUGCAACCUCGCUGGCCGGUUCAGCCUUCUGGGCAUACCAAUUCGUCUUCCAGAGUGAACUGUUGCGGGUGAUCGCGUCGGCCCAGGAUGCUGGCCGUUCCGAAACCGCGGACCAGAGUCUGGUGGCGGUCAAGGUGGCAUGGGCUUUGAUGGCACUGCAGGGAGCUAGGCGACUAUUCGAGCAACUUUUCGUCGUCCAAUCUUCGACUUCCAAGAUGUGGAUCGUUCAUUGGGCACUCGGGCUGUCUUUCUACAUGUUCAUGAGUGUUGCCGUGUGGAUCCAAGGUUCAGGCUCUAUCCUCGACCAAUGGUCAAAUCCCAAUAAUGUCCAUGGUGCUGGUCUCAAUGUUUUCACUGGCUCUGUCAUGUUCCUCAUUGCAUCAGUGACCCAGUUCAAGUGCCACAGCCACUUGGCAAAUCUCAAGAAAUACUCGCUCCCCACACACGGGCUCUUCCAGUACACGGUUUGCGCCCACUACACCUGCGAGUGUCUCAUCUACUUCUCGCUGGCAAUCGUGGCAGCACCGGAAGGGCAACUGUUUAAUAAAACGAUACUCGCGGCAGUUGUAUUUGUUGCAGUCAACCUUGGCUUGACGGCAUACGGCACUCGAAAAUGGUACGAAACCAAAUUUGGCGCCGACAAGAUAGCGUCCCGAUGGACCAUGAUCCCCCUGGUGUACUAGUUGAUUCACAGAAAAAAAUCAUGGCCAGAUGACAAAAAUCGCACAUAGCCAAUCGGCUUGAUCUUAUCGUUUGAGGAAAGCACCAAGCUUGUUGCCUAGCUUGGAAACUUUCAUGACAUCUCGGUAUGUGAGGCUCGUCCGUACUGUACGUUCGCUGCGUCCGCCAACAAACGCUUCCUUGGAUCGCAACAGGUUCCAGUUUGUAACAGUUGCUUCGGAGAGUCCUUCAUCUGCAUUUACGUCUGCGAUGCCAUGGAGAUAUUUCGUGUAAAGGUCCUGGGUGGUGAUGAGAAGGCUUCUUGGUUCUUGUAGCACUCGCCAUGAGGGCUCAGACUCUAAAGUUCCGUCAUCCUUGCUUUUAUGUAUGUUGAGACAAAUGCUGCCUCCAAGACUGACGGUGCAAACCACCGGGUGAUACGCUGGCCCGUCCUGCACAUUUGGUGAGUUUCCCGGAAAUACAUUCCGGAAGGAGGCCAUAGCUUGAGUAACCUACCUUGUGUGGCAUGAUGCCGAUGCCCGGAGGGUAUUCGUUGAUGAGUACAUGGUUCGGCCGGCGGUGUGGACUGUCGGAGAAAAUGGAUCUCUCGCUCGUGUUCGCAAGGGGGAUGGUUGCCAGUCUAGAUACCACAGGCUCUUCGAGCCAUGUUGGUAGAGGUGCGUCCAAGAGAGUGUUGUUGACUAAAUCUGAGGGCCAGGUUUGAAGCCUGCGGUGUGUAAGUUGUUUCCAUUUUGGUUUGGGGGCCGCAUCUAUCUGGAACGGCGGUAGCAGCCGCGUCAGUUCGUGGAGAACAUACAACGGUGAUCCGUGUAUGUGGCUGGCAGGGCUGAACGGAGGUUUGCUUUGUCGCCUCGAUGAUGUUUUUCCAAGGUCCCCUUACCUUGGCUAGGAUCUGCCUUUCUUCCUCCUCGGUGAGGAAUUCUGAAAUGUAAAAAGCAGUGUGUGGGAGAGAAUGUAUGAUGACCUCUUGCAAUGAGGUGGGCAGUCUGGGUAGGUCAGCUCCAGCCGUGGGAUCUGAAGGCUUGUUAUCGUUAUCGGUCAUAGUUUGCUGGUCCAGGAUCGGAGUGGCCGGUUCGGUAGGUGUUUGAGAGUCAGCGAACAUUCAACGCAACCAUGAAAAGACGCUGUUCUGUUACUCGGUAUGAAAAUGGAACCGGUAGCCGACUCUCUUUUUUCUUGGAGGUUGGGUUUGGUGGGAAAUGCACGCGUGAGGCAAAUAACUGCGUCAGCCCGUGUUGCGUGCGUGUCUUCCCUUUCGGGUACACGCCUCAGCUGAAUGAAGUCUUGGAUGGAUUAUGAAGGCUGG